ACACACGCACAAGCACGUAACUUUUAUCUUUUCUGUCCUUUCUCUUCUCGCGUCUCUUUUGUACGCGUGUGCGCGGAGAGAUAUCGCGCGACUUCUCGGAGUCUGACUGUCGUCGUGUGAUAAAACCGCUGCCGUAGAACGUGCGGAUUGGAGUCGGUGGUAGACACGCGCACGAUGCGCCACGCAACGGUCGUUAUCACAUGAGGAGGAGAGAAUCGCCGUUCCAACUGUUCCCCGCCGGUCCUCCAUCAGCUCGACCGGCGUCUUUUGCACAAGAGCUCCGCUUUUGUUUGUUAUAUCCCGUGCGGCGAAGAUCGGAUUCGCAAUCGUGGUGGUGCCCGGCACUAGUCGCGAUCUUGCGUACAAUGGCAUGAGAAAGAAGAAAUUGUAUAUCCGAGAAACGGAGCACAACUGCAACCGGCAAUUGCAGACUUGUCGGAUCUCGAAGAUCCGCGAAGUAAGAAGAGCGAAGAAAGGAUAAACCCGUGUGACACGGAGGAAGGAAGACGUCGCUGCCACAGCUCGCGAAACCGAGCGAACGUCUGUGAGAGAGUUAUUUAAAUCCGCUCCUCGUCAGGUCUGAGGAGUCUGCCGUUACUGCGAGAAACUAAUCUAAAUGUGUUCGAUAGCGAUGCCGGCCGAACUGAUUCUGCACAGCCCCCCGGUGUACAGCCCCCUGCUGUACAGCCCUUUGGUGGUCACAGCGCCCACGAUCACUAGCAGAUCGGUGCCGCCCAGAAUUAGGCCGUGUCUUUCUUCAGGAAGCUUGCCCUUGGAUUCGCUGCGAAGUGAUGGCAGUGGCAAGCAGAAAAAACGAGUGGUAUUCGCCGAUGAUCGCGGCCGCCCUCUCACACAGGUCCGUGUGAUGUCGGAACCGAGCAACGUACCACCACUGUGGAGCACAGCUUACGUGGCUGGUUUGACCGGGGGUCUGCUCGGCACGUCGAAGGAUCAUAGCCAGGAAGCGACGCAGGAUAGCACGCCGCCGUGGCAGGUGACCUUCCAGCAACCGGCGAGCGACUAUCUCGCCUUCCGUCGCAAGCUCGAUCAGGAGAACGUGAGCCUGGAGAACGUGAUCGUGCGCGAGUCCGAGCAGUGCCUGGUGGGCACGGUGAAGGUACGGAAUCUGGCCUACGACAAGGAGGUCGUGGUGAGGGCCAGCAGCGAUAGCUGGUCCACCCACGAAGACGUACACUGCACGUACGUGGCGCAACCGGGGUCGCCGGGUUCCCUCAUCCUGUACGACACCUUCCGCUUCCGGCUCACCUUGCCAGUGGCAUCGAAUGUCAUCGAGUUCUGUGUGAGAUAUCGCACCGAAGGCAAGGAGUUGUGGGACAAUAACGAGGGCAAAAAUUACGUGGUCCGCAAGAAGCAGGAGCCCCGAGUGCGGUAUGACAACAUCCAGACGACGAAAUGCGACGUCUCCAACGGCAACGAGACGAGAGACGGCAGCAUACCGCAGAUCGCGGAAGCCACCAGGUUGAACAUGCGUACUUGGAGCGAAUUCGCGUCCUGGCAACACUUAGCUAACGACGCGCCCUACUGGUGAAGCCACCAGUACCGAUGAAAAGGAGGUCGUGCCCCUCCUCGUCUCGAUAUCUCAAAUCAUGUACGAAGCUGUACAAACCCCUCCAGUUUUCUCACCUCGGCAACUACGCCGAGACGCGGGACCACGAGCCAGGCAUCUCAUGAGGCAACGCGAAAUCAUCUCAGGGAUGAAGAGACAGAUGGAGAAAUGAGCGCGAGAGGAGAAACUGUGUGACGAUCCGAAUUAAAAACGAGGAAACAAGAACGCGCGCGUGCGAGAGAAAAAAACAAUCGAGAGAGGGUGGAUAACGGGGUGGCGGAGUCGGACGACGCCGAGCGUCGGAUAACGCAAUCUGCACGGUCCCAGCAUCCGCAACAUCGUAUGACCGGUUCAUCGAGGUCAUCCAGCGUCUGCCUCCAGCCAGUAACGCCAGCAACCACGCUCAGCAGCGCGGACAUCAUCGUCGCACAUUAUCUUCUCGACAUUCCUCCUGUUCCUCCUCUGCUUCCCCAUUCCUGGGAUUUUCGGUCCGCCUGCGGACAGAAGGAGUCCGUCGGGGUCCGAGCUUCCAUCCUCGAGUCGAAAUCUCGCUGGUCUCGUCAUAUCGGCCAAUGUUAUAUAGUUCUGUAAGCUUUCACCAUUUCUUCCUUUGUACGCUUCUUCCCUCUUCUCAUUCUUUCUUUUACUUCCGUUUCUUCUUUCCCCGGCACCCUUAACAUGAUCCUCUCUGUGGAACAUAGAUCAUCGACCGAGUGUGCCAAUUAUUUUAUACGAGCAUAACGGAAGACAAGACAACGCGCGUAGGUCUCCCGAGGCCUCGGUAUAGCUAACUGCGAGAUUACUGCGUGAAAUUGCAUCGCGAUGUGCCUUAGGGUGCCUUGAGGAAUUAUAGAGGUUUGUCUUGCGUAGUGCCUGCGUAUAAUAGUUCAUCCCGCCCAGACAACGCAAACCCGUAAAACGUGAUCUUUGUAAGCGUUUCUCCCUAUGUUCUUGCGCUCUUUGUUAAACCUGUUCUGCGUUUAUUUAGGCAAUAGAGUAUCGUCGAGUUGUCGAGUUGUUGAAAAGUUACGUUAUUAACUAACAACUGCGAAAAAGGCUUACGGUAGAGGGGGCAGGUAACCGUUCGCAAAUCGACGCGAACUCCAUUAGCAGAAAGAUACGAAACGAUACGGAAAUCGUCAACGGUAGCUCUUGUUUUCUAGCCGGUAUGCUAUAUGCCGUUUCCUUUCACAGUUCCUCUUCCGGCCGUGUACCGUUUCGCGAUUAGAGGGUAAAUAAUAGUUUCACACGGUGAACACGAAGUUUCGGCGGUCGUUAAGUUAGAAUAUUCGCUUCGAGAAGAUAAACGAUACUAGAUGUAUAUAUCUUGUGAAAUGUUAAACUAUUAAUCUCUUAAAGCGCAACUAUAUGUACUUUA